GACGCGGAAACGUAAACAGUCGGUUAACCGUAUGAAUAUUUAUUUAAGGGAAAAGUACACCUUCUGUUUAUUAUCGGAGUCUUUUUAUUUUUAUUUUUUAUAAACUAGAAAACCUGCAGAUAUGACAAGCGACAAAAGUGCACACUGGAAAGAUAUUUUGAAAAGAAGACUGGCCUCGGUUAAACCUGACAGCAGGAGUGAAGAAGAGAAGAAAGCCGAGGAGACGGAGCUCUUCACUAAAUAUUAUACGGAAUGGAAGGGAGGAGGGAGUAAAGACGGGACAUUUAAACACAUCCCACGCUUCUACUACAGACUUCCUGCGGAGGACGAGGUGCUGCUGCAGAAGCUGCGAGAGGAGUCGAGAGCCGUGUUUCUGCAGAGAAAAAGCCGAGAGCUCCUCGACAACGAAGAGUUACAGAACCUGUGGUUUCUCCUGGAUAAACAUCAAGUGCCUCCUACGAGCGGUGACGAAGCCAUGAUCAGCUACGAGAGCUUCCUGAAGGUCGGAGAGAAAGCAGGAGAAAAGUGCAAACUCUUCUUCACCGCCAGAGUGUACGCCAAGCUGCUUCAUAACGACCCGUACGGACGCAUCUCCAUCAUGCAGUUCUUCAAUUACGUCAUGAGAAAAGUGUGGCUUCACCAGACGAGGAUCGGUCUGAGUCUGUAUGACGUCGCGGGACAGGGAUUUCUACGCGAGUCUGAUUUGGAGAACUACAUCCUGGAGCUGAUCCCCACUCUGCCUCAGCUGGACGGCUUGGAGAAGUCCUUCUACUCUUUUUACGUCUGUACUGCCGUGCGCAAGUUCUUCUUCUUCCUCGACCCUCUGCGUACAGGUAAAAUUAAAAUUCAGGACAUCCUGGCUUGCAGUUUUCUGGACGAUCUGCUUGAGCUCAGAGACGAGGAACUUUCCAAAGAGAGUCAGGAGUCCAACUGGUUCUCGGCUCCAUCUGCACUCCGGGUUUAUGGUCAGUACCUGAACCUGGAUAAGGAUCAUAACGGGAUGCUGAGUAAAGAGGAACUGUCUCGUUACGGCACGGGAACCUUAACCAGCGUUUUCCUGGACCGUGUUUAUCAGGAGUGUCUCACCUACGACGGGGAAAUGGACUAUAAGACGUACCUGGACUUUGUCCUGGCUCUGGAGAACAGAAAGGAACCGGCAGCUCUGCAGUACAUCUUCAAGCUGCUGGACAUGGAGAACAAGGGCUACCUCAACGUCUUCACUCUCAACUACUUCUUCAGGGCCAUUCAGGAGCAGAUGAAAAUCCAUGGACAGGAGCCCGUGUCUUUUCAGGAUGUCAAGGACGAGAUCUUCGACAUGGUGAAGCCCAGAGACCCGUAUAAGCUCACGCUGCAGGAUCUGGUGAACAGUGGUCAGGGCGACACGGUCACCAGCAUCCUCAUCGACCUCAACGGCUUCUGGACGUACGAGAACCGAGAGGUGCUGGUCACCACCGACGAGAGCAGCUCCGCCGACAUGGACGACACGUGACUACGUCAAACCCUGCGCAAACCAGAACCCGGAGAUGCCUAGAUGCAGUCUGGGUGUGUAGGUUUAACCAAUAUUAGUGUCAGUGCUAGAAUUAUUGGCACCCUUGGUACCGAUGGGUUGUGGUUACUUAGUUAGAGACUGACAAUAAGAGGAAAACUCUAAACCUUUUAAUUGAAAUACAAUUAAUCUAGGGGGGGGAAAAAACCUGUAUAACUAUUAUAUUUAUAUAUAUUUACCCAUCUUUAGUAACUAAGGGUGCUAAUAAAUCUGGUAGAAGAUAUAUACAGUUCAGUUUAGCACAUUUUUAAUUUAAACAUUUAUUACACAAGAUGACGGUUCAAGAGUUUAUUAAAGAAAGUCACAUCAUUAUGUACAUUUUUUUUUUAAACAAGCUAAAUUAUAUUAAAAAGUUAAAGAGCAUUUAAAGGAACUGUACAUAAAUAAAUUAUACAGUUUUUUUUUAAAAGCAUCUCAGUUUUACAUCCUGAACACCCCCCCCCACACACACACACACGUGAAAUGAAUUUGUGAAUUAUUAAUGAGAAAAAAAUAUAAAUAAUUCCCUAGUGUAAUGAUGAUUUAGAAAUGAUUCACACAAAUGGUUAUUUUGCUCCCAGUCUUCAGGAGUUCUUCUAGAAGUUUCUAUUAAGGCUGAAUUGUUUUAUCUGGUUUUUUUUUGUUUUUUUUUU